AUGGACAAAGAUUGUGGGUUCGAGCGGUUACUGGGUAUGGUUUGGGUGCCGGAUGAGGACGUGUUUACGUUUCGCUUGAACUUCCGGAGAGACCACGCAAAGUUGCUGACCGGAGAGGAGAUCCCUACGAAGCAACAGGCACUGAGCAUCGUGAUGAGCAUUUACGACCCGACCGGAUUCUUAGCUGCAUUCAUCGUACACGGCAAGAUUAUCCUCCAGGACGUCUGGCGAUCAAGCGUGGACUGGAAGCAAAAAAUUCCAGAUGAACUGUUCCAGCGUUGGAGACAGUGGAUCGCGCUCCUUCCGAAGAUAGAAGAUCUGAAAAUACCCCGUUGCUACUUCCCUGGUUACCACCCUGACAGCCUGCGGUCACUGGAACUUCACGUCUUCGUCGAUGCAAGUGAAUCGGCAUACUCGGCCGUCGCGCACUUCCGACUCGUGGACGGAAAGCGCGUACGCUGUGCUUUCGUGUCGAGCAAAACGAAAGUUGCACCAUUAGAGCCGCUCUCCAUCCCGCGGCUCGAGGCUAACGCAGGUGUACUGGGUGUUCGUUUGCGCAAGUCCAUAGUGACCGGCCAUUCCCUACCCAUCACACGGACUCGUUUUUGGACCGACUCGAAGACGGUUCUCCAAUGGAUUAGGUCCAUGGACCUUCGGCGCUACCGUCCGUAUGUGGCCUUUCGAGUACACGAAAUACUGUCCAUGUCAGCGGUCGAAGAGUGGGGGUACUGCCCAUCCCGUUUGAAUGUGGCAGAUCUCGCCACAAAGUGGGGUAAGCAAGGCCCACCAUUGGAUAUCGCCAGUCCGUUUUACCAAAGCCAAGAAUUUGUAUACGAUGACCCUUCUGAAUGGCCCGAACCCUGCGACGAGAUGGUGGAACUUGCGCCAGAAGAACUAAGGUCGGCAUUUGUAUUCGCGCACUUCGUUUUGAAGCCAUUGGUCAAAUGGGAGCGAUUCUCAAAGUGGGAGCGGCUUCUCCGUGCCAUGGGGUACGUGCAUCGCUUUAUUGAUCGCAAACUGAACCGAGCGAAAAAGCCGUGGCCAACCGAUUUAACGCGAGAAGAGCUGCAGCAAGCAGAAAGGAGCCUGUGUCGAAUAGCACAAUCUGAUGCAUACCCGGACGAAGUUGCUACUCUGAACCAGAAUCAACGUGUUCCAGCCGAACAACGGCGACCCUUGGAGAAAUCAAGCAACAUCGUGAAGCUCUGCCCGAUGCUGGACGAAGCAGGAGUUCUACGAGUAAAAGGCCGAUUUCGUUUCCUACGACGCCAGGCACCCGGUCAUCCUUCCCCGAGAUCAUCCAGUGACAGCGUUGCUUUUGGAUUACUACCAUCGGCGGUUCCAACAUGCAAACAAUGA